GAAUAUGAUGGUGGCAUGCAAAAAACGCAGUUAAAGCGCAUCUUAGGCGAUUCCCCACUUGACGUAAUCUUGCCUCUUCUUCACUACCAGUUUUCCCUCACCGAUCAACACUCCUAAAGAACGUCUCCCUCUCUCUCUCUAUCUCUCAGGGAACUAGGGAACUUGAACAAUAAGUUAUCUGGUUUGACCGUUUAUAAGCAUUACAAGAUGUUUUUCGGUGGAUAUGGUUAUCAUGGGACAUCAUUUGAGCAGAGUUACCGAUGUUACCCUGCAUCUUUCAUUGAAAAGCCACAAAUUGAAAGUGGUGAUAAAAUUAUAAUGCCUCCGUCAGCCCUUGAUCGCUUAGCAUCUCUGCAUAUUGAUUAUCCAAUGUUGUUUGAGCUUCGGAAUGAUACUGCUGAGCGUGCCUCUCACUGUGGAGUACUAGAGUUUAUUGCAGAAGAAGGCAUGAUCUAUAUGCCAUAUUGGAUGAUGGAGAAUUUGCUCCUACAAGAGGGAGAUAUUGUGAGGGUGAAAAAUGUAACUCUUCCAAAGGGAACAUAUGUUAAAUUGCAACCCCACACGAAGGACUUUCUGGAUAUUUCAAACCCCAAAGCUAUCUUAGAGACAACACUGAGGAAUUAUUCCUGUUUAACCACUGGGGACAGUAUUAUGGUGGCAUAUAAUAAUAAGAAGUAUUACAUAGAUAUCAUCGAGACAAAGCCAUCCAAUGCAAUAAGUAUCAUUGAGACAGACUGUGAGGUGGAUUUUGCUCCUCCCCUGGAUUACAAGGAACCAGAAAGGCCUGCUAUACCCCGUUCUUCAAGCACGGCACUGUCUCAAGUUGAAGAAGCUCCUGCUGAGGCUGAACCAAAGUUCAGUGCCUUUACUGGUACAGGAAGACGCUUGGAUGGGAAGCCUCUGAAGGAGCAGCCUCCACCAGUAUCUUUGUCUGGGUCCAAAGGCAAGGGACCUGCUGUUAGAAAUGGGAAUGAUAGCCGACCUUCUUUAGGAUCUAGUUCGCAAACUACUGCACGCCAGGCUCAUGGCAAGCUUGUAUUUGGAUCAAAUGUCAACCGUCCUAAGGAAACAAAACAGGAAUCUGGAAAAGAGUCUAAACAGGAGCAGCCUCAAAAGAAGGAAGAUCCGAAGUUCAAGCCAUUUACAGGUAGAAAGUUCUCAUUAAAGGGUUGAUCAAAUUAAUCCGCAAUUUGUUGUCUUUCGUGGGUCUUCGUCGAUGAAGAAAAGCAACAGAAUUAUAUAUUCAUCUGGAAUGACAGAACUGUAGGUUCUCGUGUCAAAAUGAAGAAGUGAAACCCAAACUUUUGUUCCAUUCUGUUGUGAAUCUUAAGAUUUAAGAGCACAGAAAGAGGAUCUUAAAAUCAACCUGCUAUUACUUGCACUUGUAUUUGACGACUGUUGAUCUGUUUUUUUAUUUAGCAUUCUGUUGAUUUCCG